AUGUCUUCCAACACAGACAUCGCAGACACCAGUCUGUCUUCGUCUGAGACGUCGAUGGCCACAGACACGGCCACGGCCACGCAGCUUCUCGCCCUCACCACGCCGUUCAGGCAACCACACUCAUGCGAUUCACAUUGGGAACGCACAAGCAUACUCUCGACCGAGAGCGACACAUCUACGGUGCCGGUUCUUUUGUCGAAAGCUCUACCAUCAUGCUACCCAUCUGGCUGGGAGGAUGUCUUGCCUGAGAGUCGCUGGCACUUCAACCCGGCCGUAUGCCCCAGCGGCUGGACCUACUACAACAUAGGUGAAGAUCGAGCCGUGGGGGUUUCCACAGCCUUCUGCUGCAACAGUGGCUAUACUCGCCUAAACGAUGACGACUGGGAGCUCGUUGCCUUUGCGGACAUCAGCACGCACCAUUGUGGACGCUGGGUGGAGAACACCGAUGAACAAUUCACCACGAGCGAUGCGAAGGCAGCGUCCAGCGUGAGCACGAUCCGAACUCUCAUGUUACACGAGGCCUGGAGCAUAUCCUGGGACGCAUCCGAUACAUCGACGCUAACACCGAAGCUACCUUCCUUGACCAACAACAUGGAGGUUCCAACGUGGACGCCUGGUGAGGAUAUUCCCAAGGGUAGAUAUGAUGAAAGCCCGGUUGAUGACGGACCACUGUCGGAUAGUACAGGCCGGUUUCUAGUUAUUGGCCUGCCUAUUAUUGAAAACACAUAA